GUGGUACCUGCAAGAGUGUCAUCAGUAUCAUCGGAUCAGAUAUGGUGGUACCCUUUUACUUUUGAUUUAAGCAACACUGCCGUAUAAGUGUGAACACUUACGGUAUAAUAAAAUCUACCAACAGUAGUUUUAAUUAAAGAUUCCCCUCUCCGUCAUCUUCAAAAAGAGAGAGAAUGUCUUUAGUGGAAUGGCAAUUUAGUAAUUUGCGUUAUUCGCAGUUACUUUGACUUGACGACCUACGCGAAUGUUUGAAUGUCUUUUUACCGGGCCAAAGGUUUUUCCAUUAUUUUUGUUAUAAAAGCGGAAUAAAACCCAUGGAUUUGACAAAGGAUACCGACCAUUACAUCCGGAAGUAUAUUUUCAAUUGAUUGAAUUUGCAACUACUAAACAUCAAUGAUAAUUAUGGGAACCGUAGGAAUGUCGAGAGUUAAGUGUUUUGAUGUUGGGAUAUUUUUAUUGUGCCAAUCAAGUUGAGUCUAACUACCUAUUUAUUAUUGACGGGAAAUGGUUUCGGCUUCAGAAAACCAUUCAUACUUCGGGAUGGACAACUACUGUUUUCAAGAUUCUAGCUGCAACUCCAAGAGAUUAGGUCGAUCUGUGAGCGUAAACGUAGACGUAACCAAUUUUAACAUUUACAGACCUCCCACGUCAGGUACGAUACUGAGAUGGAGGAAAUCCAAAGGCGAUCCGCAAAGCAUCUUCGAAGAAGAAUUACCUUCUGACGAUUUCGAAUAUAUGGAGUGCGGACCGUCACCACCGGCCGAUCAUACGCCUCAUAUUUACGAGAGUUUCGAAGAAUUCUCGACAAGUGCGGAUUUAUCUGUUCAAAUAUGUCACGACACCAUCAAAAUGAAUCUGUUAGAGCAUAUGAAAGUUUCGUCGGGGCGGCAUCAAUUGUUGGACGAUAUAGAAAAUAAGAAAAUUCAAAAUAUAGAAGAUUUGAAAGUUCAUUUUAAAGGAGCUUCUAAAGUGGAAGUUAAUACGGGAUUUCUUUGGGCGGCAUUUAUGAGAAGGCAUGAUUUAUUACAAGGUUUUUUAGAAAUGGGUGCCGAUCUUAAUUAUUACGAACCUAUUCAAGGUUUAAGUGCGAUACAUUUAACAUCAUUCAGCGGUUGUACAAGCGGUACCCAAUUCCUGAUAUCAAAAGGAUGUGACGUAAAUGCUUUGUAUAAAUGUUACACUCCGUUACAUUGCGCAGCUUUCGGAGACAGUCCCGAAACGGCUCUGAUUCUCCUAAACAAUGACGCUAAAGUACAAACACUCACCAACAGUCCUCAUAGUUGCCAUGAGAGUGUCCUUCAUUGCGCGGUUAGAGCAAACGCUAUAGCUUGCGUGAAAUUGUUCACACAAGAAGGCGCCGACGUAGCUGAAUGCGAAUCAGGUUUAUCUCCAAUCCAUUUAGCUGCUGAUUUAGGUCAUCCGCAAUGCUUGAAGAUCCUUUUAGAACCCAAAAAGUUUAACGUCAAUACGAAAACGAAAGAUAAGGAACAAACACCGUUACAUUUAGCGGCCGAAAGUGGUUACGUGGAAUGCAUAGAAAUUUUGUUAGAACACGGAGCUGAUGCAAAUAUAAGAAAUCAUAGAGCACAAUCACCUCUACAUCUAGCAGCUAGAGCACAAGCUUACGACUGUGUAGAAAUUUUACUGAGAAAAGGAAACGCUGAUCCGAAUAUGGGGGAUUGCGAUCAAAGAACGUCCUUACAUUGCGCCGUAGGAAAAGCAGCGAGAUCUUACGAUAUCAUAGAAAUUUUAAUGAAUUACGGUGCCGAUAUCAACACUAAAGAUCAAUAUGGAUAUACUCCUCUACAUAUAGCAGCUUUAAACGAACUAUCUCAAUGCGUCGAGGUUUUAUUGUAUCACGGAGCUGAUGUAACUGCUAAAUCGAAAUUCGGCAUGACCGCUUUAGGGAUAAUAACUAGAAAAACUCCUGCUUCGUUAGCUAUGGUAACGCAAAAACUAGAUUCCGCCAUAACGUUACACCACCAUCCAGAAUCCUCCAAUAGAGAAGUAGAGUUACGUUUAGAUUUCAGAGGUAUUCUACAAUAUUGCCAUCCGAGAGAAAUAAGUUUUUUAAAUACAUUCGUAGACGAAGGACAGAAAGAAAUUCUACUCCAUCCGCUUUGUUCGGCUUUUCUCUAUUUGAAAUGGGAAAAGAUACGAAAGUACUACAUAGCGCGUAUGUUAUUUUGUUUUAUUUUCGUUUUAAGUUUAUCUUUAUACGUAUUAACAGCUUUAGCGCAUAAUUGUUACAACCACGGUAAGAAUAUGAACGAUACUCAACCUCAAAACGUUAUAGAACUUUGCGAAAAAAAAUCCAUGAUGGGUCAUAUGUUGAGAAACAAUCCUUUUGUGAUAGAAAUGCAGUGGUUUGUGUUAGUAGGAAUAACUUGCUGUGAGAUACUUAGAAAAGUGUACGGAAUAGCUGGAUAUCCAUCGGUAAGACAGUAUUUAUCUCAUCCGGAAAAUAUCAUAGAAUGGACUGUUAUUGCGAGCGUUUUCGUUAUUUCUUUUAUAUAUACAGGAAGAACUUAUACUUGGCAGAAUCAUGUAGGUGCGUUCGCUGUGCUAUUCGGUUGGACUAAUUUGAUGUUGAUGGUGGGACAGUUGCCUAUUUUUGGUUCGUACGUUGCUAUGUAUACUAGAGUUCAAGGGGAAUUCGCUAAACUAUUACUAGCUUAUUCUUGCUUACUUAUUGGAUUUACUAUUAGUUUUUGCGUUAUGUUUCCAGAUUCGUCGACAUUCGCGAAUCCUUUUAUAGGUUUGAUUACAGUAAUGGUAAUGAUGACGGGAGAAUUGAAUCUAGAUCUUCUAGUUGACGAUGAUCCCGAAGAUCCGCCAUUUCUUUUAGAAGUAAGUGCUCAAGUCACUUACAUAUUAUUUUUAUUAUUUGUUACAGUUAUUUUAAUGAAUCUAUUAGUAGGUAUAGCUGUACACGAUAUACAAGGUUUACAAAAAACAGCGGGGUUAUCAAAAUUAGUUAGACAAACUAAAUUAAUUUCAUACAUGGAAUUAGCUCUUUUCAACGGAUAUUUACCUCAAUAUUUGUUAAAUUUAUUACAUUGGACGGCAUUAGUAUCCCCUAAGGCAUACCGAGUGGUUCUAAACGUGAAACCUUUGAAUCCGAGGGAAAAAAGGUUACCUAAAGAUAUACUGAAAGCAGCGCAUGAUAUUGCGAAACAAAGGAAACAUUUCGGACAUACUAUAUCGUCUAGAGCUAGCGAAAUGGCUUAUUCCAAAAAACCCGUUAAUAAUAAUCUAGAUCAGAAUUCUGAAAUUUUAGAUUGUCACAGUGUAUUGCCGAUAAUGCAAAGUAAAAUUGAGAAAAAUGGCGAACAAGUCGAACAUCUUAGUAAAGAAAUUAGGGAAUUGAAAAAUCUUGUUGAAGCAAAUCAAAAACUUAUCGAACAGCUUUUGAAUACUAUUUUACAAAAUAAGAAAAACAGCAAAUGUUAAUAAAGUAGAUAGAUAUGUAUUUAGAUAUUAGCAUACGAACUGGAAUGUAUACAAUAUAAAAAAAUUAGUUAAAAUAUUCACUAUAAAAUACACGAUCAUAAUAUCCUGUGCAAAUCAAUAUAUUUAUCGAUCUAUUUCAUAUUUCACUUGUGAAAGAUCAAUUAGUAUAAAGCAUCGAUUGAUUAAUUUGACAUAUUUAAGGUUUGUUCCCAGCUGGAACGGUUAUUAGAAGCGUUUAUAGAUAUUUAUUCUUGUAACAGUACUUGCUAUCAACUAAAUAUCGAAAACACCAUCCCGGAAUCGGUUCACAACUCGGUUGGAAUCGUUCGUAUUACGGUUACUGUCCGGUUGGAACACGUGUAAUAUCUAUUGCGCAGAAUCGUCACCGUAUCAAGGACGGUUUUUUUAUGAGUUGGAACGAACCUUCAAUUCAACCUUCGAUCAUACAGUUACAUGGACUGCUCCUUCUUCUAUUCUCCCCAGUAAAAGAACAGUAGUAAAACAAUCAAUGAUUAUUUUCGAUACAGUUUCUUAAAAACGGGCAGUCAAUGUUUCAAAAAUCCAAAAUCAAUUAUCAAAAGAAAAUAGAAAAAUACUUUUGAGUCUUUUUGUUUUAGGAAUCAAUAAUAAUCGAUUUCGAUUGCUUGGAUUUAAUAGAACACAUUUCUGAUUUUUUUAAAGAGCUUUCUACGUUUACGUGCGAAUGCGCUAAAGCAUGGAACCAAGUUGCAAAUUUUCCAUGGUUCAUUAACUACUAUAUUGUAAACACAGCUAAAAUGAGCUAAGAAAAGUGAAUAUGGAGAGCCUAUAGAACAAUUAAAAUAACUUUUAAUUCUUCUUGUAAAAAAAUCUAAAACCAUUGACAAAUUAUACAAAUAUUGAAAACUGUUUUGGAGUCAAUAAAAGCAGACGGUGCCUCAUAAAUAAUGUUCUAUUCCAAUGUCAACUUGGUUUAUUUAAUAAUCAUACAAUGAAAAAGCCUUGAUAUUCGAAGUAUAGCCUAUCGUAUUCUAUGGUUUGAGCCCAACGAUCAGCAAGCUUUUGAGACCUUGGUGAGAUCAUUAUUUGGGAUUAGAUGCAAAAAAUUGUCACAGUGCAUUUUCAUUACUUUCUCUGGAUACCACUAAAUCAAUUGAUCUCAUUUCGCGUAACUUUUGAAAUGAUUUUGAAGUUCACUAAAUCUUCAUAAUUCCACCAGACACAAGACUUUUCGCUCGAAUCGACUUGUAUUUGCGACAGGUUCUGGUAAUUUUCUUGUGUCUAACAACUGAUUUUUCAUGUUCGGGUUAUUUAGAUAAAUCCAUUCUUCAUCGGAAAUAACAAAGCGUCUAAUAAAACAAUCAUCUUUCGGAAGGGAAAGGAGCUGUUUCGCUUGAAUCUCGAUUAAUUCCUCUGGCCCUUGUCGAUAACUUUCAUAGGUCUUAUCUAACGAUUCUAAAUGGUGAUGUAUGGUAUCUUUAGAAGGUCCAAAGGAGUGCGAUAAUCGGCGAGUAUGGUUUGCUACAUAUUGCACAUAUUUUCCUUCCUGCUACGGCUGAUUUCAACUUUGUUUACAUUAAUAUCUUAUCAAUAUACGAAUUUAAUGUUUAUCGCAUUCCAUACUAUAUAGAAAAAAACGAUUGAAAGAAAGUGUACAAAGUGUAUGUACAAGACGUUAAUUCUUUAAGAUGUUUAACCAGUUUCUCUACCAAAGUAUCAUCUAACUGUAUGAUCUAAAAUUUUGAAUAUUUUGUGACGAAAAGUUGAAAAUAAAAUAUCGAUGCCUUAGAGCAGAAAUAAGCUGUGAGCGUUUCGGACUACUUUUAGAAAACACGAAGUUUUGAUACGUGCAUAACUCUAGUAAUGAAGCUCAAUGCCUUUUGAUUUUCAGUAAUUUUAUGGUCUGUAAUCUUUGUAAAAAUGUUACAAAAAAACUUUUCUCAUUCUGGAAUCUCAGUUUUUGCUCUAUCGUAUCGUAUCGUAUCGAUUUUUAAACUAAGAAACAUUCUCAUUUAUUAGCACUUGUAUUAGAAUUUCCAAAGUUGAAAUCCGCAAUCACAGGUCACCUAUAUUUAGAUGGUUCAUAACAACGACAAAUAGGCGUCAUCUAUAUGUCUAAACUUCAACUACUAAACUGACAUAUUUGACAAAAUACUGGCAAAUUCAUAUUUUAAAAAUAGCGCGAAAUUUAAAUUUUAUUUUACGGUAGUUAAUACCAAAAACAAGUACUUAAUAAUACUUUUUUGCUUCAAAUAAGUAUCAAAAUUGCAUAUUUUUUGGUGUAUAUUGUUAUAAAAAUAAUGAAAUUUCUUAUUUCCUAGACAUUUUUAUAUGUUUUUCUUGUUAAUUUGUCUUAAUUUUAGGUCUUGUCUAUUUGAAUAUUUGAAUUUGACGUUUCAACCAAAUAUUUUGACAAAAACCGAAAUAGGUGUAUAUAAUGUAUUUAACAGUGAUAUACAGGGUCCAAAAAAUUCGUAGAUGACGUGAAAAAAAUACUGUCAGAAAAAAAAUUCUCAUACGUCUCUUCGUUUCUGAGUUAUGAGCUCUUAAAUUUGCGAAAUCAAAACUUAUAUUGAAUAUAUUUUCUAAAUUAACAUUAGAAUAUUAUGAAGUUUUAAUGGAUGAUUACGUAUGUCCAUGAACUGUGUGUUUGACGGAAUAAAUAAUUCUACACUACUAUCUGAAGGCCAAGGGCGUCUCAUACCUAAUGGUUAACAAUCCAUAGCUUUUACAGGGACAAAUUGUACAAUCUAAAUAGCAAACAAGAAUUUUUCAAUCGAUUUUUUAACAAAAAGAUACUCUUUGUUUAACUCAAUAAAAUGUAUGGUUUAGGAGAUAUGUAGACUUUUAGAUCGUUGUACAUGCCAAAGAAACUGUUCGCCAUAAAGAGACAUUCUGGAGAAAAUUAUCAUAAAUUGUUAUUAUUUAUUGAAAAUAAUUAUAGGAGGUAUUGAAACACAAUGUAUAAUUAUUUGGAAAAUAUACUUAAAUAUAAGUUCUGAUUUCGCAACUUUGAAAGCCUAUUAGUCAAAAACAAGGAGUUUUAUGAGAAAUUUUUUGAAUGAACAUGAAACAAAAUACAUUCAUAUAUCAAGAAAUGUGUUGUUGACCUUGUCAUAUUAUGUAAUUUUAUAAUGAUUUGAUUAUUCUUUUUUGAAUAAUUCAUGAAAUCUCGGAAAAAAUACCAACAUAAACAUAUAUGUUAAUUAAAUGUAUUGCAAUACAAGGACUUGGUUUUUUAAAAUAAUUUCCAGUUGUUGAUUAUUUACAAACUAUUUUGAUAAAGUGCUAAGUAAAUAUGUGUGUUAUUUGUACAAUCAAAGUCUUUCCAAGUGGAGAGCUGAUGAAUUCCUCUAUGUAUAUUUUCUGAAAUAAAUUAGAAGAGACGUUGCUAACGUGAUAAAUAUGUAAAUUUGUAUUAUUAUUCAUAAUUAGUGAUGGAUUGACGCCUAGACCCAUGAGGUGUAAGACGGCAAAAUUUUUGCCAGAAAGAUAAUCCAAUUCAAAAAUUGAUUUAUAUUAGUUGUAAUGAAAAAUUUUUCUAUGGAAUAAAGACUGAAAAAAUAGGUAACUCGACUCAAGAUAAAAAAUCUUGAGCCAAGAACUUUUUCUCGGUUUGAGUAAAUUUUUUGAGUACAAGUUAUUUUUCUUUUUCUCAAAAUUAUUGACUUGGUUCAAUAUUUUUUUUCGUUGAAUGAAGUUAACAGUUUUUUCAUCAAUUCUAAUUCAAUCUUCAUUAAUUAACUUCUUAAUCUGUUGAUAAGAUAUAAAUUUUUUUAUAUAUCAGUGAUAGUCUUUUCCUUGCAAUUAAUCCUUUACCAGAUUAUGUUGCUUAUGCUACCUAUUCUUUUAAUUUGGCAGGAUUGUGUGUAGUUGAAUCGGUUUCAGAAACAGUUGACUUAUUUUCUACUUAAAAAGAUCAGAAUUGAAAUGGCUCGAAAGGCAUUUGUCAAGUAUUCCUCAACGUUUGCAAACAGAAAUCUAAAACCUCCACGUCAGAAUAGGAUUCAUUAAAUGUUAUGUGUGGUCAAUACUGCUGUACUUGGACCUUGAAAGUUCAAAUGAUCAAAAAACUUGAGGCAUUUGAGAUGUGGCUUUAUACACGUCGUUGGGAAAUCCUGGUGUAACGUACCCAAUUCAAGAUUUAAUCACAGUUCAUAAUAACGAAUACAUAAAUACAAGACUAUGUUCCAUACGAAAUAUUUUUCAAAAAAAGCUGUCAUAAUAUUUUUGGAAAUAGUUACUUUAAAUUGUAGGAAUAUCUUUGGGUUAUAAUGGGUUAGGAAAUGAAACUGGAAGAUUUCGCAAAUAAUUUUUUUGUCGAAAAAAUACAUUAAUAGGAAAUAAAAAAGUAGCCAUUCGAUAUACAUUUAUUUGAAAACUCCAUCUGCCAAAUGUCCUCUGUAGACAUCUAUGUAUUCAUGGAGUCGUGUCUGAAAUAUCUACAUAACUCUUCGCAGCAUAUCAACAGGUAUUGCUGCAAUCUCGUCACGAAUUCGUUGUUUGAGGGCCGGGAUUGUCCUGGGUGGAUCAGUUCCAAACUCUUUCGUUUUUAGAUAACCCCAUAAAAAGAAGUCACAGACAGAAUGGUCGGGAGACUGAGAGGGCCAAGCGAUAUCCACCGUCUUGUUGAAAAAUUGUGUUUUCAUUAACUGGAAAGCGAUGAAGUUUCAAAUCAUUGCAACGUAUUUCUCAGAAUUAACAGUAACGGCAUUUUCAGCCUCAUCUCAAACAAAUACGGACCGAUGAUUCCAUUUGCCGACAUUGUUGAGGUGUUUCGUGAGGCAAACGAGGGUUCUCCUAUACCCAGACCUGUUUUUUGUGCCUCAUCAUUCAUCCACAAAUUGUUAAUUUGGUCAUCAGUUUCUUCCAACCUGGCAAGCGUAACCUCACAAAAUCUGAGACGUUGUUGAUACUUAUCCGGGUGAAGAGAUUGAACAACCUGUAUUUUAUACGGGUGAUAUCGAGGACCUUUUCACCGAUCUGUCACUUAUUCGAAGGCGUGUGACGUGACGGACGGUCGAUAGACGUGGACUUCCUAACACGGCUUGUCGAACACGUUCGAUAUUUUCAGGGGUUUGAAGCGUUCUGGCACUACCACCUCUUUUUGUAAACGUCGAUCCAGUUUGCUCGAGGUUAUUCACCCACGUUUUAAUCGCAUGGUCUGACAGGUUGGGUACACGGUAUGUUAAAAUGUCGUCUAAAAUCCCGACGCUAAACUCUCGCCAUUUUGAUAAUAAGCCUUGAUUGCGUAUACGCGGUCCUCACCCGUCCAACGCAGACCUGUGACUGUUUUCCCUACCACAUCAUCCCGCGCUGCAAGUUCCACCCCAAAUCUUCCCGUUUCAUUGCCGUUGUAAUGAAUGAACAUAAAUCGUCCACAUCUAUUAGAUUUGAAGAUCAUUUCUUAUAUUCACAGGAUAUUAUAAUCCAUUUACAACUAAUCUUAAAAGUAGUACAGGACUAAUUUCGAUAAAUGGGCAUAUAAAUACCUACUCUACAAGUUGCCCAAGGACAAGUAAAAUAAAUCUUGAAUUUUUUAUGCUUUUUAACUUUUUUUAACCACCAUUUGAAUUAGCUGUUGAUUUAUUCAAUAUUACAUAUUAAGUUUUGACUUGAUAACAUGUGUAUGCAUGAAAAUUAUUACUUAGAUGUAUUUUUUUAUUUAAAAAUUAUAAAUAUUUUAAAUAGAAAAGUCAUCUUGCCAUUGAAAGUGUGAUACUAGAUCUAGGAUUGUUGAUGUUUUUUUGAAUAAACGUUGUAAACAACA